CUAACGUCGUGUCCAUAUCCUCCCACUAUUAUUAGUAUUGCACUCAAAGCUAUAAGCAAUAAGCUAGAGAGAUAAAGAUAAAGAGAAAGAGAGAGAGUUUUAGAGAAGGAACAUAGAGUUGUAGAGACAGAGAAAGCAUCGAGAUGGAGACAGAGCUCAGGCUAGGGUUGCCCGGAGGAGGAGGAGGAGGAGGAGGAGGAGGUGGUGGUGAAGGAGGAGGAGAUCAGGUGGUGGUGAUGAUGAGGAAGAGAGUCUUCUCUGAAACCGAGAGUCAGAUCACUACUGAUGAUGAGAGCAGUGCUUGUGUGGAUUUGAAGCUCAAUCUUUCAUCCAAGGAUGGUAGCAGCACAGCUGAAAAGUCCAAGAGCUUGAUGAUGAACAAGAACAAGGAGAAGAACGUGGAUCUCCCCGCCGAUCCGGCAAAGCCUCCGGCCAAGGCACAAGUAGUGGGUUGGCCGCCGGUGAGAUCCUUCCGAAAGAACAUGUUGAGCGCACAGAAGAGCAGUACUACUGAUGAAAGCAAGGCUGGAGGGAAUGCAGCUUUGGUGAAGGUGAGCAUGGACGGUGCGCCUUACCUCCGGAAAGUCGACCUGAACAUGUACAAGACUUACCCUCAGCUCUCUGACGCCCUAGCCAAAAUGUUCAGUUCUUUCACCAUUGGUAACUGUGGAUCCCAAGGCACAAUUGAUUUCAUGAAUGAGAGGAAACUGAUGGAUCUUCUGAAUGAUUCUGAUUACAUCCCCACUUAUGAAGACAAGGACGGUGACUGGAUGCUUGUUGGUGAUGUCCCAUGGGAGAUGUUUGUUGAAUCAUGCAAGAGACUGCGUAUAAUGAAGGGCAAAGAAGCUGUUGGACUUGCGCCAAGAGCCAUGGAGAAAUGCAAGAACAGAAGCUGAAGAACUAGCAGAAUGAAUCUCCACAGCCUGCUCCUUUGAUCUCGUCGCGGUGGAUCUAUCGUCACGCGCAGAUGGAUUGAGCAGGUUGUUUGGAUGCAUGUUUGAUUAUUUUCCACGUAAUAUUUGUUUUCAUAUGGUUUGAUAUAUGUAAGUAAUUAAAGUGAGAUACUUUUGAGUUCUUAGUUUUUAUCAUGGACAUAUUUGCAUCUUAAGUAUGUUUGAGGACGUCUUGGUCUUGCUUUUGUUCGAUCAGUGCUAAUGGCUUGCUUAAUAAGCACAAUAAUGUAUGGACCAUUUAAUAAUUUGUU